UCUGCCUAUGAGCCAGCAGGGGUGAUCAUCACUUUUUGGCAUGUCGUAACAGCCCUCCUUCCUUCUUUCCACCCCCUCCUCCCUUUGACGCCUGCAACCGAACUUGAAGCAGAAGUGCGGGCUGCGAGUUGCAUACACCUCGGCAUGAGUGCCGUUUAGGCGAUGGUUGUUAACCCCAACCCUAACCCUAACCCGGCGCCAUGAACCCAGAGGAGCAGACCGUAACGUGGUUAAUAUCGCUGGGGGUGCUCAGCUCACCCAAGAAAAACAUCGCCGAUCCGGAGGAGUUCCUGAAAGUCUCCCUGAAGGAUGGCCUCGUCCUGUGCAAGCUGGUGGAGCGGCUGGUGCCCGGCUUCACCGCCAAAUACUGCCUGGAUCCCCGAACCGAAGCUGACUGCAUAGGCAACAUCCGAGAGUUUUUAAGAGGAUGCGUGUCCUUGAAAGUGGAGGGGUUUGAGCCUGAGUGUUUGUACAGCGGACAGAAUUUUGGCAAAGUCCUGACCACGUUGCUGGCCGUCAACUUUGCCACACAAGACAGUGCUGCAGAGAGGUCAUGUCCACAUCCCAGCACCCAAUCCCUUAGCCUGUCCUCACACGCGACCUCCUGUGCCAAAUCCAAAGGCUCUCUGCGGCGACAGUCCAAACCAGCGGAGAUGUCUGAGAACGGCGGAGGCGGCGGUGUUGGGGGUAGUGGUGGCCAGCUGGUGGUGAAGGCCCGCUUCAACUUCAAGCAGAACAACGAGGACGAGCUGUCCUUCAACAAAGGGGACGUCAUCGCUGUGACGCGGCAGGAGGAAGGCGGGUGGUGGGAGGGUACUCUCAGUGGGAAGACGGGAUGGUUCCCCAGCAACUACGUGCGUGAGGUCAAGUCCUGCGACAAAGCAGUGUCUCCUAAAGGAGCCCAGCUGACCAAAAGCUACUAUAGCGUGGUGGUGCAGGACAUCUUGGAGUACGAGCGAGAGUUUGUCAAAGAAGUGCAAACGCUGCUGACUUGUUACCUGCGACCUUUACAUGCCAGCGACAAGCUGAGCAGUGCAGACUGCGCCACCCUGUGUGGAAACCUGGAGGACAUCCUCACCUUCCAACAGGGCUUGUGUGCCUCUUUGGAGGAAUGUACAAAAGUCCCGGAGGGUCAACAGCGGCUGGCAGGAUGCUACCUGAAUGCGAUGUGUCAGAUCAAGUCUCUCUACUUGUCCUACUGCUCCAGCCACCCGUCGGCCGUCUGCAUCCUCACCGACCACAGUGAGGACCUUGACAAGUUCAUGGAGAGCCAAGGAGCCAGCUCUCCAGGCAUCCUGACGCUGACCACCAGCCUCAGCAAGCCCUUCAUCAGGCUGGACAAGUACCCUACCCUGCUGCAAGAGCUGGAGAGACACGUGGAGGAAGCUCACCCAGACUUCCCUGACAUCGUAAGGGCCACGGCAGCAUUCAGGAGCUUAAUGAUGCAGAGCCAGGACCUGCGAAAGCGCAAGAACCUGGAGCUCCAGAUUUUGUCGGAACCGGUACGCGGCUGGGAAGGGGACAGCAUGAAGAGCCUGGGUCAUGUGGUCUACAUGUCCCAGGUCCACGUGAGGAAUGCCUCCAGCGAGGACAAAGACGAGCGCUACUUGAUGCUUUUCCCCAACAUUCUAGUGAUGCUGUCCACCAGUCCACGGAUGAGUGGCUUCAUUUAUCAGGGAAGGCUGUCGCUGACGGGCACCACAAUGACAAGACAUGCAGAGGAUGCAGACAGUGCACACUUUGCAUUUGAUAUCACAGGAAACAUGAUUGAGCGCGUCACAGUGUUCUGCAGCAGCGCCUCAGAGCUGCAGGAGUGGCUCGAGCACCUGCAGCCGUUUAGCAAAGGAGGCAGCCCAGCGGGCACCAUCUUAAAGAACAUCGAGGGCAAGUCUCUGAGCAUGGCGGGUGCCCCUCCCCAUAUGUCUCACCUUGGCAGCCUCGCUGGCCUCGGUCGCGGGCCCCUGGAGCCGCCAAAGAUCAGCAAGCCCUGGUCGCUCAGCUGCCUGCGCCCAGCACCGCCCCUCAAACCCUCAGCUGCACUGGGCUACAAGGAGAGGAUGUCUUAUAUCAUGAAGGACUCCAGUAAGAGCCCACGGCCCAUGAAGAAGUUCCUGCCUGGAAACAAGAAGAAAGAGAGGAAGCCUUCUGAUGAUGAGGUUCACACCAGGAAAAGCACGGUGGCUCUGGAGGAGGAUGCUCAGAUCCUGAGAGUGAUUGAGGCCUACUGCACAGGAGCCAGCCUGCACUCCUCCAGCACAGCAGUUCGUAAAGAGUGUGUGCUUCAGGUGCUCCUUCCAGAGGAGGAGAAGAUCAUUGUGGAGGAGAUGAAGAGCAACGGGCAGACGGUUAUUGAGGAGAAGAGUUUGGUGGACGCGGUGUACGCUUUAAAGGAUGAAGUUCACGAACUAAAAAAGGAGAGUAAAUGGAUGAAACAUUUCCUGGAGGAGGAGCAGAAGUCCCGCAAAGAGCUGGAGAGGGUGGUCCGCAAACUGGCCAAGCAGAAGAACGACUGCACGUGGGAUGAUGGGAGCGCUGGCCUUGCAUACUUUGCUGAGAGCACGGCUGAAGUGAGCAUCCACCAUGCUCCCGAUGUCCCCCCGGAAGUACCUCAGGAUGAUGCAGCGAGAGUGGCCCUCCACCUUGACGGCCACUGGACUGUCUGUUCCGUGUUCGUCCAUGGUCUCGCUGAGAGGACAGGAUGGGAAAGGGAGGCCACACGUGGAAGGUUGACCUUUCAAAAUACUACAGCAAUGGGAUGUUUCUGUGUGGAAAUCUAUCUGGGAAAUGUCACCAAAGAUCCAGAAACGGUGUUGCAGAUGGUGAACAGGUACAUCAUGACCACCCUGCCGGGUCCAAAAGAAAAGAAACCCAUCAGCCAGGUGAGGCCCAGCAGCACGGUGAGACUGGCCACCGCCCUCAAGUCCCUCAGAGCGCCACGGCUGUUGGCCGACGCUUUUUUGGCACCCAUCCGUCGGAUCUGAACCAGGACCAGCACAAACACGGACGUGUUGCCUAAGAGGACAAGGAGCACGAAGGCCACCACCGUUGUGUAGAAGAAGAUGUGGUCCUGCAGCCAGCAACUAGGAGGUGUGACAAAAAGCAUGGCUAUGUACAGCAUGAAGACGUUGAUGUGUUGCUGUUUCGGCACAUUUGCUACUGGAAAUGAUCCUCACAAAGGGUCGCUGGAAUGAAGGGCCAUUGCAGACUGCGUGGGCACUGUGCUGCCGUAGGCAUCUUUAUCUAUGGCCAGCACCAGGCCCACUACGAGCAGCGGAACACCUGUGAGGACACGACACUUGUGUUGAAACAAAAGGACCGUCCAAGCGCAGAUUAAGCACGUUUAUGCCAGACGUUUAGUGGGAGGCGGCUGUCUGCCUGGAUUCAGAGGCGUUGUAGACGUGGAGAGAAUAGAUCAAAUUGAGGUCAUACCCCAUCCGACAGCACAGAACUUGAGGAUGUAAGAGGGCACGUAGGUGUUGAAGACCUUGACCAGAGCGAAGUACAUGUGCACAGCUUCCAGGCCCAUCCAGGCGAAGGAGGCCAGCAGAAAGUAGUGCAGCACGGCAGCGGUAACGAUGCAUAGGCUGUAGUUGGAAAAGGACGAGAGCCAGGAGUCCAGAAGGAAAAACAUGCUCAGUCCCAGCAAGGCGGCUGACAGGUUGAUGAGUAUCUUAGAUGGGUAGUCCCCACGCAGCUUCCUGGAUGGGAUACGGGUCAUAAAGCUUUGAAGUGAUCUCUUAUUGGAAAUCAAGUCAUUGUAUUUCAGUCCAAAUUCAUUACCCAAAAGCCAGAUAAGUGAGGAGCGUGAUGCCCAGGAAGAUAGAAGAUAAACCGCAACCCACAUAGGAGAUGACUGUUAAAAUCUGACUGUCGGUUUCGCUGAGAGGUUCCCUGGAUACGUCCUGAAAUGGACACACAGCAAAAGCACAAUACUUGUGUUGUGUUAAAAGCCAUAUGGAACAUUUUACACUCCCAAUAACCUCAAUCAAAUAUCUGCCUAGACCAGGGGUG